AUGAGUAAUACUAAAGAACUAAUAUAUACUUUUUUUAAAAUAAUUAUUAUUAAUUAUAAUUUACCUAAGGAAAUAGUUUUUAAUAAAAAUAAGCUAUUUACUACUAAAUUUUAA